CAGGAUCACUGAGCUGCUGAGCGGAGAGGUUCCUAUAAGGUGUCAGGAUGUCGCUGUCUAUUUCUCCAUGGAGGAGUGGGAGUAUUUAGAAGAACACAAGGAUCUGUACAAGGACGUCAUGAUGGAGAAUCACCAGUCCCUCACAUCACCGGGUAAAGAUGGGAUGAUCGACUCCCAUGGACAUCUCCAUUUAUCUUCCUAUCAUGAAGAAGAAGAUAGCAAUAUCACACAAGCUAAUUCAAUAACUCCUAAUGUACCCUCAGUCCUUCACAGUGGAGAUAUAUCCACCGAUACCACUGGUCACAAGAAACCUUCAGCUAAUCAAUCACAGAUUUUCAAACAAAUAACUGGACAUAGAUGGGGGGAAAUAUUUUUACGUGGGAAACAUUUUAAAAAGAAAUCUAAUCUUCCUUUGCAGGAGAAAAAUCACAUAGAGAAGGGGACAUUUUCAUGCGCUGAAUGUGGAAAGUCUUUUACCAGGAAAUUACUUUUAGUUAGACAUCAAAGAGCUCACAAAGCAGAGAAGCCAUAUACAUGUUCAGAAUGUGGGAAAUGUUUUAUGUGGAAGGGUUCUCUUGAAAAACAUCAGAGAAAUCACACAGGGGAGAAGUCUUUUUCAUGUUCAGAAAAUGGGAGAUGCUUUACCCAGAAAUCAGAUCUUGUGGGACAUCUACGAAGUCACUCAAGGAAAAGGGUAUUUUCAUGUACAGAAUGUGGAAAAUGUUUUAGCAGGAACACAGGUCUUGUUAGACAUCAGACAACUCACACAGGAGAGAAGCCAUUUUCAUGUUCUAAAUGUGGGAAAUGUUUUAGCCAGAAAACAGGUCUUGUUAGACAUCAGACAACUCAUACAGGAGUGAAGCCAUUUUCAUGUUCUGAAUGUGGGAAAUCUUUUAGGCAGAAAGCAUUUCUUGUGGAACAUUUAAGAAUUCACACAGGAGAGAAGCCAUUUUCAUGCUCAGAAUGUGGAAGAUGUUUUACGCAUAAAUCAACUCUUCUUCAUCACCAGAGUACUCACAAACGAGAGAAGUCAUUUUCAUGCUCAGAAUGUGGGAAAUGUUUUAGCCAGAAAACAGGUCUUGUUAGACAUCAGACAACUCACACAGGAGAGAAGCCAUUUUCAUGUUCUGAAUGUGGGAAAUCUUUUAGUCAGAAAGCAUUUCUUGUGGAACAUUUAAGAAUUCACACAGGAGAGAAGCCAGGUCUUGUUAGACAUCAGACAACUCGCACAGGAGAGAAGCCAUUUUCAUGUUCUGAAUGUGGGAAAUGUUUUAGCCAGAAAACAGGUCUUGUUAGA